AUGAAGCUCAGCGUUCUUUUCAGCGUGCUUGCCACCAUUGCCGCAGCAGCUCCCACUCCUCAUGAAGGACACGGAAAGCGCACCGAUGCGGGCACGACUGUCGAUGAUAUCUCGGAGCAGCUUUAUGGUGCGUGGGGUGGUAUCAAGAAGCGGGGUGAGGCGGGUACCACCGUGGAUGACAUCUCCGAGCAGCUCUACGGUGCGUGGGGUGGAAUCAAGAAGCGUGAGGAAGAGGGCACUACCGUGGAUGACAUCUCCGAGCAGCUCUACGGUAGAUGGGGUGGCAUCAGCAAGCGUGAGGAAGAGGGCACUACCGUGGAUGACAUCUCCGAGCAGCUCUACGGUAGAUGGGGUGGCAUCAGCAAGCGUCAGUGA